AUGUACUUCGAUCAAGUCUCCUGGGUGCAGCUGCUUCACAAAUUCUUCGAUUCCAUGAAGAACAGCCACACUGGAGUUCGUCUUUUUGGUUUUGGGAGGAGUUUCUCGAUAUUCUUACUCUUCAUCUUGUAUGGCUCCGUCGGAUCCAUGUUCCCACUCUGCUAUUUCCGCUGUGUAGGAAUCGAUACCAGAAAGUUCCAAUGGAGAUUAUGGACGGGUCAGGAUAUUCUUCCAGCGGCCCAUGAGUCUCGUGCCGUGCACGCCUCGUUUUCGUGUCUGCACCAUCAUUCCCGGCCCAUUUCCAGUAUCGCGGAUGAUCCAGUCAACUUUAUUCCCCGCCAGGAUACAAAGAUUGACGGUAUCGACUGCUGA